AUGACUACUGAUCGUAACGAUAGUAGAAAAUAUGAAUCGCUUUGGUCUUUAGGUUCUGUGAUGGAAUUCCUAGAUCCUUCUUCAGUUAACAGUCCUUAUCUUAAUUCAACUCCUAAAAGAAAUUCUUAUUUGGAAAAGGCAAGACUGAAGCUGAAAAAAUUGGAUGUUGUUGCAUCGAAAUCAGUUCCUUCUAAACAAAAAAUAUAUGAAGAUAUUAAAUCAAAACUAUCUCAAAGAGUUAAAGAUGUAGAUAAUUCCCUAGACACUAUUUUUUUCAAAAAUAGCACAUCCCUAGAGAAGGCUUUCUACCCCUUUACAUUGUUAAAUCUUUUUUUAAUAGGCUAUAUAAUGGGCAAAUUCCCCGAUUGGUUUCAUGUAUAUUAUACGGGACUUUUAGGAUUAUUCAUGCCCAUUAGAUUUUAUACAUAUUACAAGGCCAACAAUCAUUAUUUUCUGGCUGACUUAUGCUAUUUCGUGAAUCUCCUUUGUUUACUUUAUAUCUGGGUAUGGCCAAAUUCAACAAGCCUUUAUCAUUCUUGUUUUGCAUUAACGUUUGGUAGUUUAUCCUUCGCAGUCAUCACUUGGAGGAAUUCUUUAAUAAUACAUUCAAUUGAUAAAAUCACAUCAUGUUUCAUACAUCUAAUGCCUCCAUGCACAAUGUUCAUUAUUCAACAUUCAUUAACUUCAGAAUUUAGAAAACAAAGAUUCCCAGCAGCUUAUUAUUCAGCUUCAAUGCCUUAUCAAAUUAAAUACAAUAUCUAUUGGACAUCUUUCUAUUAUUUGAUAUGGCAAUCAUCCUAUCACUAUUUUAUUACUGUAAGAGAAGCUAAAAAGAUUAAAACUGGUCAAAGAAUGACAAGUUUCCAAUAUUUAACAACACAUAACUUUAAAGACUUAUGGAUUAUGAAAUUACCUUCCCCAUUACCUUUAAUUAUUUUUACCUUUGCUCAAUAUUUAUACCAAUUAACCACUAUGUCCUUAUGCUAUAUUUGGUUUCCACAUAAGAAAGCAGCUUCACUGUUUUUAAUAUUCAUUUUUCUAUGUGCAGCUCACAAUGGUGCCACAUAUUACAUUGAUUAUUACGGCAAGAAAUUUAAUAAAGAAAUGGAUAAAUUGCGUUUAGAAGUCGACAACUUACAACAACAAUUAAGCAUUAGAGAUCUUGACUCUCCUAAUAUAUCUAGAUCGGUUUCUCCAUCUCUCAUCUCAUCCAUAUCCAGUGUUGUGUCUGACGAUACAAGAUCAUCCGCCGUUUAA